AUGGCAGCGCCGGAUUUCGCGGAUCUCGAGGCGGUGGACGGCGUGCGGCUGACGUGGAACGUGUGGCCCAACAGCAAGGUGGAGGCGACCAAGUGCGUGGUGCCGUUCGCCGCGCUUUACACGCCCGUGAAGCGACUGCCGGACAUGCCCGUGCUACCGUACGAGCCCAUCCGCUGCAAGACGUGCCUCGCCGUGCUCAACCCGUUCGCGCGAGUGGAUUUCAUUGGCAAGAUGUGGGUCUGCCCCUUCUGCUACCAGCGCAACCAAUUUCCGCCGCACUACGCGGCGAUAUCGGAGUCGAACCUGCCCGCGGAGCUGUUCCCGCAGUACACCACCAUCGAGUACUCGCUGCCGCUCUCCGCGCCCGCGUCGCCGCCCGUCUUCCUCUUCGUGCUCGACACGUGCCUCAUCGAGGAGGAGCUGGGGUACCUCAAAACCGCCGUCUCGCAGGCCAUAGGGCUUCUCCCAGAGAACGCGCUUGUAGGUUUGAUAACGUACGGGUCACUGGUGUACGUGCACGAGCUGGGCUUCAGCGACUGCCCCAAGAUGUUCGUCUUCAGAGGCGGCAAGGAGGCCUCGCAGCAGCAGGUCGUGGACCAGCUGGGGCUCGCAGGGCCGCCCAUGGGCGCUGCAGGGCCCGGGGGGAAGGGUGGAGUGGCGGGAGGGCCGGGGCAUGGGGCGGUGUCGCCGGGGAGCGUGGCUCGAUCCCCGCAUCCGCCCCGAUUCCCUAUGUCUCACAGUCAACCCCGCACUUACCCUUCUUUACCCUCCCCCAACUCCGCCCCUCUUCCUCUUCCCCAACCGCUUCCCACUUCCAUACCCCCAUCUGCGCCCCACUUCCUUCGAAUUCUGCUGCGCCCUCCUUCCCCCCCCCAGGUGUUGGACGAGUUGAGUCGGGAUGCGUUCCCAGUGGCGGCGGACAAGCGCCCAGCGCGGUGCACGGGCACGGCGCUGACAGUGGCCGUGGGGCUGCUGGGGGCGUGCGUGCCGGGCACGGGCGCGCGCAUACUCAGCUUCGUCGGCGGGCCCUGCACUGAAGGACCCGGCGUGAUAGUGAGUCGGGAGUUAUCGGAUCCCAUCCGGUCGCACAAGGAUCUGGACAAGGAUGCAGCGCCGCACUACAGCAAGGCCGUCAAGUUCUACGAGGGGCUCGCCAAGCAGCUCGUGGCGCAGGGCCACGUGCUCGACCUCUUCGCCUCCGCGCUCGACCAGGUGGGCAUAGCGGAGAUGAAGGUGGCGGUGGAGAGGACGGGCGGGCUGGUGGCGCUGUCGGAGAGCUACGGGCACGCGGUGUUCAAGGACUCGCUCAAGAGGGUCUUCCAGCAGGGGGACUCCAGUCUUGGCCUCUCCUUCAAUGGCAUGUUGGAGCUGCACUGUUCCAAGGACAUCAAGGUGCAAGGGGCCAUCGGCCCCUGUGCCUCGCUAGAAAAGAAAGGUCCAUCAACGAGUGGCACGCCCAUCUGCCAGGGUCACACGACGCAGUGGAAGCUGUGUGGGCUGGACGCCCUCACCACCGUCGCCCUGCUCUUUGACAUCGCCACCGCUCAACAGCCCUCCGGCGCCCCCUCCGCUGCCGCCACCGCUGCCUCCCAGCAGUUCCACCUGCAGUUCACCACCAGCUACCAGCACCCAUCAGGCGAGACACGGCUGCGCUGCACCACAAUCACCAGAAGUUGGGUCGACGUCUCCAUCUCCACCGCUGAGCUGGUGGCAGGGUACGACCAGGAGGCGGCAGCAGUGGUGGUGGCGCGGGUGAUGAGCCACAAGAUGGAGGUGGAGGAGGAGUUUGACGCCACGCGGUGGCUGGACCGCAUGCUCAUCCGCGUGUGCAACAAGUUUGGCGACUACCGCAAGGACGACCCCGCCUCCUUCUCGCUCUCGCCCAACUUCUCCAUCUUCCCCCAGUUCCUCUUCAACCUGCGCCGCUCCCAGUUCGUGCAGGUGUUUGGCAGCAGUCCCGACGAGACGGCCUACUUCAGAAUGGCGCUCAACCGGGAAAACGUCCUCAACUGCCUCGUCAUGAUCCAGCCCACACUCACGUCCUACUCGUUCAACGCGCCACCGGAGCCGGCGCUGCUAGACGUGGCAGCCAUCGCAGUGGACCGCAUCCUGCUGCUGGACGCCUUCUUCUCAGUGGUCAUCUUCCACGGCUCCACCAUCGCCCAGUGGCGCAACGCUGGCUACCACAACCAACCCGAGCACCAGGCAUUCGCGCAGCUACUGGCAGCCCCGCAGAGCGAUGCAGCGGGCAUCAUGGCAGAGCGCUUCCCCACGCCACGCCUCGUGGACUGCGACCAGAACGGCAGCCAGGCCCGGUUCCUGCUGGCGAAGCUUAACCCAUCAGCGACAUACAACAGUGCAUCAACGGUGCCAGGAGGAGAGGUCAUUCUCACGGAUGACGUGUCUCUCCAGGUGUUCAUGGAACACCUGCAACGCCUGGCCGUGCAAUCGUGA